AGAGAGAAAAUGGAGGAGAUUGAACACAGAAACUUGAAGAUAAAUGGAAUAAACAUGCACAUAGCAGAAAAGGGAAAAGGUCCGACGAUCCUAUUCCUCCACGGCUUCCCUGAUCUAUGGUACUCAUGGCGCCAUCAGAUCCUCUACUUCGCCGACAAUGGUUACCGCGCCGUCGCCCCAGACCUACGCGGCUUUGGUCAAACAACCGGAGCCCCAACUCAGGACCCAUCCCAAUUCAGCGUCAUGCAUCUGGUCGGCGACAUCGUUUCGCUCCUCGACGCCAUCGCGCCGGACGAGGAAAAGGUGUUCGUCGUGGGCCAUGACUGGGGAGCAUCCAUCGGGUGGUACUUGUGUCUGUUCAGACCCGAUAGAGUCAAGGCCUUCGUAUCCCUCAGUGUCCAUUAUCUCAAACGGAACCCGGAUCCUGCUAUGAACUUCACGGAUCUUUUCCGGGCCAUCUACGGCGAUCACCACUACAUUUGGAGAUUUCAGGAACCUGGUGACAUUGAAGCUGAGUUUGCAAAGGUUGGUUUUAAACAAGUGCUGAAGAAGUUCCUAACAUUUCGCGAUCCAGCCCCCUUUUUCUUCCCUAAAACCACCGAUAAUUUCAUUGACUCGUACCACACCCCGAUUGCCUUACCCCACUGGUUGUCCGAGGAAGAUCUCGACUAUUAUGUUUCCAAUUACGAGAAAACUGGAUUCACCGGAGGCAUAAACUACUAUCGUGCUUUCAAGUUGUAA